GGGUCUAUACAACACUUUACGUCACUAUAGUCAUGAAAUUUCAUGCAAACGACCCAGCUGCAGUUUUCUAUAUCUGGCAUGCAGUGCAAAGGUUGGUUCCACGGAGCGUGCACAGAUCUCACAGUAACUGCUUAAAACAGACUCACCUUUCUCUCGCUACUCUGCAUCCUCCCCUAGUACACAAAGUGCCUUGUGGCUAAAUCCGGACCUUUACAUUAUUUACACGGUUGCUUCUAUUUCUGAAUGCUAUUUAUUGCAACAUUUCGGCACGUUUGCAUUGCUGCCUCAUCACUCCCAGCAGGUGCAUUGGUAAUAUGUGUUCUAUUAUGUUUGGCUACAAAUUCAUGCGUCCAGACUCAUUGCACGGUAAAUUUAUUACAACGAAAACUUUAGUUUUGUAGGAUGCCAAUUUCCUACCGUCCCUAAGCGCUGCUGUUGGCAGCAAUGAACCUCAAAAGACGAUAUGGAUCAUAUCGAUUCUUAUUAGUUCGGCUUGGAGGCUGUUGAUUCUAUUAAAUAGUUACAUAAAUUCCCGUAAAUUCAAUUCAUUCUCAGGCGGUCAUUUAUCCCUUUCCAAUUUGCCAUAUCUAUCAAGUUUUAUUGAAAUAUUUUCACUCAAUAUGCUUAGCAUUGUUUCUUCAUCUGAUAACUACAGUGAGCGUCAACUUUACAACAAUUCCUUUCAGUUCAGCACCGCAAUUACUUCUGUGUCUUUGCUUUGUUCUCGGUGGUCUACAUGAUAACAGAUGUUUACGUAUUACAACUUAAGCUUAAAACAACUGAAAAUGCUUUUCUGAGUAACAUAUUACGAAAGAAGAUAUAUCUUAUGGCGUUCUACUUAAUUUGUUUGUUGAUUGAUGGACUGUGUUAUUGGAUUCACAUGACAUUUUGUCCUCCAUAUGCUUAUACUAUAUUUUCUGCAGUUGAAUAUGCUGCGAUAUUUGCAAACAUUUUUUAUCACUAUACAACCUCCAGUACAUUUGAAGAUAUAUCAGUGAGGAAAAUGAUCAUUUACUUUUCCACCGGUCGAACUAUUCCGUUCGUAAAUAUGAAGUCAGAACUACCAUUGUUGGAAGUAAAAUGAAUAAUUGUUUUUCAAAUAGAAUUUUAUUUAAUUCGCUAUCAUUCUUAUGUACGUGAGAUUAUACAACCCAUUAGAUUACAUAAAGCAUAUUUUGUUAACUGUAUAGUAACGUCGAUGAAAUACAAAAUUUCACACAAUCUAA